AUGCCCUGCAGCUACUUUUUCUUCCGGUUUGGAGACCACACCAAACGCUCACCAAAUGCUCUCCUACGAUCACUUGCGUAUCAUGUGUCGCAGCAGCUGCCAGACUUCAGGAGAAAACUCAGUGACCUCCACGAUCAUGGCGUGAGGCUCGAAAAGUCUGAUGCUCGAACUAUAUUGAACAGAGUCUUUGUGGGAGGUAUGUUUAAGAUGGAUCUGCAGGUACCUUUGUACUGGGUCGUCGAUGCUUUGGACGACUCAGAUCCUUACCAGACUUUGUUGAAAAUCUUUGCUGGGAUUUCGAAGGCUGCCAUUCCUGUACAUCUUCUUCUGCUUAGCCGGUACACGGAGAAUCUCUCCCUGGCCUUUGGUCGCAUUGAAGGCGUCGUCAACUUCCGGGGUAAAGCGUUCGAAGCCCAGGAGAGCGACAUCCACCAUUUCGUGCGCAAAGAGCUCCGGUAUCUGCGCGGCACCGAGAUUUUAAAGCAGAGAGUGCUGAAGAGAGUUCUCCAAAGAGCUUCCGGGAAUUUUUUAUGGGUUACCCGGGCCAUGCAAGAGAUUAUGAAGUGCUUCACCGAGGAAGCAGUUGAGAAAACCCUGAACGAGAUACCCUCGGGAAUGGAGCCGCUCUACCAACGUAUGGAAAUGAACAUAGCCCGAGACCUUAGAGAGGGGGACAAGGAUUUGGCCAAGCAUAUCUUGACUUGGGCAGCUUGCGCGAGACGCGCUAUCUCUUCUUGA